UUAUUACAAAAAAGCUUGUUCAAGGAGUAUUGUUGUGAGGCGAGUGACCGUUCACCACCGUUCAACUAGAUUUCUUCCCAUUCAAAUACACGGGCAAGAUCUGCAAAAAGUGUUGAGCAUUCUUUCAGGAAUGGGCAUCUGUAUUGCAUUCAAAGUACUCGCUGCGCUAGUUUUUGUUGCUGGUGUGGAACCAGAUUGUCGAUAUGUAGACUGGAGCGUUUCCUUUAAGAGGCUUGGACUGUCAGAGUGUGAUCGAUUAGGAGACAUGAUUGACAGUUUAUGUAGAAGUCCAGUAGGCCGAUACGCUGAUCUUAUUGACCGACUGGAACGUGUUAGAUGCUGCAGUAUACCAUUUCCAUGGCAAGAGGGCUAUGACUAUGUUCACGAAAAUUGGUGGUAUUCUAUGGAAACAGAUUCUACCUGGUCAUUGUGUAGACCUGGGUAUUUCCUCACUGGUCUGUAUAGGUCAGUAUUUAAGUUAUACCUCAGCGACCUCGAGGAAGGACGCUGCACAAGACCACGUAACCAUCCUUCUAAGUAUGGACACUGCGAGGAUGUUGACAUCUCGGAUUGUUUUGAGCAGGCUAAGUGUUGCUCUUGCCCAGAGGGAAGCUUCAUUGUUGGUCUGUAUCGUGGUAAUUGUAACGACCUAGGAUGCUUGGACAAGCUACGCUGCUGCACGCUGGCUGAGUCACCGCAUUAAACAAAAAGAUCAAUGAUCGAAAGCAGAGGCACUAUGUUUUUGGAUUCAAUAAAUGAAAAUGUAUACAUACAUACAUGACAAUUCGACUGACCAUUAAUAAAUUGUUAAUACUUCAUUGCUUUAAAA